UCUGCACCUGCACACAAUCAGAGCAGCAGCACAUAAAGAAAACAGCUGUAACUCUUUGGAUAAUAGUCUCUCUGCAGAGCUCCAUCGAUCUCUCAUUAACUAUGUCUUUUUACACCAGCAUUCUUCUUCUCAUCACUCUUUGGGUUUCUAUGAAGGAAGGUUUUGGUCUUCCUGCAAUGAAACCCCAGGACAUGGAGGCAACACAUAGAGUGAGGACCAAACGCUGUGCCUGCAGCAGCCCGCUGGACUCUGAGUGCCACUACUUCUGCCACCUGGAUAUCAUCUGGAUCAAUACACCUAGUAAGACAACAGUUUAUGGUCUCGGGAGACUCCGAAGGUCUGCUGGCCGCUGCACCUGUGCCAACCCUGAUGAUCGCACCUGCACCAAUUUCUGCUAUUACGGCCUUGAAAUCACUUCCCCAAAGACAUCUGUGAAGAGAAGUCAACUCAUACUCAGCAUCCUAAGAGCUGUGGCCAGCAAGUCCAAGAGAGUCCAAGACGAGUCCUCCGAGGCUCAGAGAGAGAGCACUCGCUAAACAAUGUGGCUGUUGAGGCAGUGAGAGAGAGAGAGAGGAAGAAAGAGAGCAACGAGCACCUGAACAAAUGAUGCUCCUUUGACAGAAAGGAGAGAAACAAAGGGCUGCUGAAAGAUAUGUCUGACACAGGAAGGCCGAAGCACCACAAAGAUGUCUGUUUGUAACCCGGGAAUAUAAAGGGUGGAAAACAUGACAGAGGUCCGCAGACGCAUCAUGGAAAGCAGAUGUGGAGGAUCAGCUUCGAGGGGGGCUACUAUCAGGGUUGGAGAAUGCUGCGCCUGUGGCCAUUUUUGCCUCCUGUCGUCAAAGAGUUGGACAGUCUGUGACUGUACAGAGAGACCAGACCAGCACUGAUAAAGAAGAAUGUAAAAGAGCGAGACAUACUGUACAUACAUGUACAGGAAUGUCUGACAUUCUUAACAUGUUUUUAACUUAUUCUUUUGUUAAAUAAUUUUAGUUAAAGAUUUUUUGUCAUGGGUGACCCAGAAGACAUUUUAGGAAUAUAUUUUAUAUACAUAUAUAUUUAUAUUUUAUUUUAUUAAUGUUAUAUUAGACAACUUACCAAGAGUGACAAUUUUGAAUUAGAACAUCUCUGUAUCGAGAAUUAUUGUGUGCAAGUGUGUGAAGUGAAUAAAUUAAAUAUUGAAUCAUGA